CUGCUGGAGCUGCUGAAGGCCCGGACGGCCGCCACCGGAACGUUCUGGACACAGAAACGGACCGGGCUUAAUCUGCUGAGCUUCUGAAGACAUGAAGGAAAACACCAGAAAAACUCCAGAAACUCCAGGCCCGGCCCGGAUCAGCCUGUGGGUUCUGGUUUCGGGGGAAGUGUGAAUGGAAAGUGUGUUUAUAGUCUGUGACUUCGGCCCCCUGCUGAGCCGAAUCGUCUCACUUCUUCAUUUCCAGCCGACGGAUUCGCAGGUCGGAUCCCUCCUGUUCAGACCCGGAACCUGAAGCUGCGGCUGAGUUUUUCCAGAUGUCUCGCUCAGUGCUGCCCCUGCUGGUCAGUGUGAGUCCGGCGCUCUUCCUGCUGCUGCCUCGCGGCUCCGUGACGCAACAGGAACUGUGGGAGGACUACAAAUAUGGCCGCCGCGGCGCCGAACCGCUGCAGCCCAACUGCAGCUGGAGAUGCAUGCUGUUCACCCUGCAGUGGCCGGGGGGCUUCUGCCAGUCUUUGUACAAAGAGACUCAGUGCAUGAUUCCUGAGAACAUCAGCAGCUGGACCAUCCACGGCCUCUGGCCUCUUCACGCCCAGUCCUGCUGCACCUGCUGGCCCAUCUUCCACUCUGACCUCCAGGAAGUGGAGGAGGAGCUGACGGAGUUCUGGCCUUCGCUCCUGAAAACCAAAUCGUGCUUCCGUUUCUGGAAGGAGGAGUGGCUGAAACACGGCUCUUGCGCUGCGUGUGUUGAAGGAUUCAACUCUCCUCUGAAAUAUUUCCAGAUCUGCCUGAAGCUUCGCCAUCAGUUUGACCUCUACAGGAUGCUGGCGGCAGCAGGAAUCACUCCGUCCUGUGAUCGACUCUACAAGGUUGCAGAGCUGCAGCAGGUCCUGCUGCCGCAGGUCGGAGACAGAAGUGAGAUCCAGUGCAUCAGAGACCAGCAGGACAGGCAGGUUCUGUUCCAGGUGAAGGUCCAGCUGACCCGGAACCUGACUGUUGGCUGUGGUCACCAUGGCGACGGCGGGCCGGGCCCCGGACCCGGGCCCUCUCCGGGCCACCCCUGCCCUCCAGACGCUCCGCUCUACUACUUCCCCAUCAACCACCAGGAGCCGUGGCGGCCUUGUGGCUGACCCGGCCCGACCCGACCCGAGAUGUUCUGGAACUCUGCCGUCUCUCCAGUUCGGACUCGGAACCGCUCAGAUCCAUAUUUGUUUUUCUGAGCAGCAUCAACAUGAUCAAACUGUUAAAUCCAAUAAAAGGCUCCAACAGUCUGGUCCAGUUUGUUCUGGCAGAACCUCACAGAACACGCUUCGGUUCUGAUCCGACGGCUCACAUCCAAAACCUAUAAACCCCAAAUUCUGAUGAUUCUCCCUCCUGGUGAGAAAAUGUGGAACAAACAGGCUCCCUGUAGGGGGCGCCAGCCUCAGCCACUUUGUGCUGUCCAGUCCGGUCCAGUCUGUCCGGUCCGGUCCAGUCUGUCCGGUCCUGUCCAGUCCGGUCCAGUCUGUCCGGUCUGGUU